AAAACCCAGCUGGGGGACACGGCUGCGGGUCUGGCCGCCAAGGUGGGCGAGAUGCUGAGCUCCUCCGUCUCCAGCCCCUCGCUGGCCUUGGUGGGUCACGGAGCACGCAGCCCCGGUGCCUCCGGGGCCAGCAGCACCAGCAGCAGCACCGCCAGCACCUUGGACUUGAGUCAGCACCUGGUGCAGAGGAGCGUGGUCCUCUUCGUCGUGGGUGCUUUCAUGGCCCUGGUGCUGAACUUGCUGCAAAUCCAGCGAAAUGUGACUCUGUUCCCCGACGAAGUGAUUUCUACUCUCUUCUCCUCCGCCUGGUGGGUGCCUCCGUGCUGCGGGACAGCAGCAG